AUGGCCGGUGACACGUACAUCAUCCAAGUGCUGCUGAUCUUGUCGGUGACCUUUGCGUCGGUGAGCGUGCUGGCGACGCUGACGACGCUGUACUGGUUUGUGAGGAUGCGGCGGAGUUUUCGGCAUGAGCUGGUCCUCCUGCUGAUCAAGAGCGACUUCCUCAAGUCGGCUGUGCUGGUCCUCUUCGCCAUCGUCAACCUUGUCCGCGGCACUGUCCACUCUGACUCGGCCUUCUGCCAGGUCACUGGCUUUGCCCUGGCUGUGGGCAUCGAGACCUCUGACAUCGCGGUGCUGCUCAUAGCCGUGCACUCGCUCAUGUACAUCUUUCGCCCGCGCUCGGGACUGUACCCGUACCGCCGGUUCGCGUUUGUGGUGUUUUAUUUGUAUCCGCUGCUGGCCGCGUCGCUGGCGUUCAUCAAUGGGAAUGGGUAUGAGAAUAUGGGCCCGUACUGCUACUUGCGGACGGAUCGGAGCUGGGCGCGGCUGGCGCUGAGCUGGGUACCGCGGUACAUGAUCACGGUGGCGAUUGUGAUUAUUUACGCGUUUAUUUAUCUGUACAUCCGCAAGCGGAUGGGAGAUUUUGGGAGGAGGCGGUCCGAGGCUAUUCACUCGAGGGGGGGAGGAAGAGGAGGUGGAAGCGGAGGAAGGAGGGGAAGCCGGAGAGACUCGAACAGGACAGGAUCGGUGUACAACGGGCUGAUCCCGUCGUCGAUGUGUUCACGCCGGACGUCGGCCACCGACACCAUCGCCGCGGCCAAGGACCGGCUACGACCGGCGUCGUCACUGGCUCCGACCCGUCCGACAAGCGUCGACGCUCCGGAUCCGUUCAUCAAAUGGGACUGGUCUGGCUUCGAAGCACGUCAGAGCCCGCGGAAACCAGCCGACGACACCAGCGACCUGAUCGCGCCGAACUCGCCUAAUUCACCCACUUUUCUAUCUCCACCAGCCGCAGCACACACCCACACCCACACCAACACCCGCGCCCACCGACCCAUCAUCAUGACCAUCGUUGACGCCGACGCACCCGAUUCCUGUCCUAUUCUCCCCUCAUCGCCGCCUGCGUGCCUUAUUACCCUUACGCCUCCGGGGGGGAAGCAUACGACCACUACCGCCAACCCUAACCCUAACCCUGUCUCCCGCAGUCACAGCUACAGUCACAGCUACAGUCACAGCUACAGCCACAGACACAGCCAGACAACAACCCCCCACGACUCCUCCGACUACCCGGAUUCCCGCACCGCUUCUCAUUCCUACUACCACUACCACUACGCCAGCCACGGCAGCUACAGCUACCACUACUCCAGUUACGGCUCCUACGACCACACAGCCGAAGACGACGCCCCCGUGCGCACAAAAAACCACAAAAAAACCCUCCGCCAACUCCGUUCCUUAUUCGCCUACCCCCUCGUAUACGUCUGUGUCUGGCUGUUCCCUUUCAUCUCCCAUAUUCUUGGGUAUGACGAUGAUUCUGUUCGACAUGAACCGCCGCAUUGGUUGUUGAUUGUGACGUUGUUGAGCUUGUGUGUGCAGGGGGCGGUGGAUUGUGGGUUGUUUAUGGCGAGGGAGACGCCGUGGCGGUAUGAGAGGAGGCGAUGGGGGUGGAGGGCUCAACAGGGCUGGGGGAGGUGGUGUGCAUGGUGGGAGUGGGUUGGUGGGUGGUUGUGGGUUGUGGUUUCGUUAGUGGCCGGGAGGAGGAAUAACAACAACCACCAAAACGGAAACAUCACAACCACAGACGCAGGCACGGACACAGGCACGGACACAGGCAGGAUAGGAACAGCGACAACAGGCGACACCCGACCCUGGGACCGCCGCCGAGUCGGCCGGAGCGGUGCAGUUGGCCGAACCAGGGAGGAAAUGCUAGUUGAUGGCCGGUUGGCGAGACAAAGAAGGGAAGGGGAGGUGGAGGACGAGAGGGAACGGAGGCGGAUGAGGGGGAUGGGCAACACGGGCAGGGGGACUGCGACGGUGGGGAGGGAAAGGGAAUGGUGGGAGGCUUAUGAGAGGGAUGGGGUGGUCGGGGAGUAUGAUUCGGAUUUUUGA